AUGCUUGCGAGAAGAGAUGUCUCGCCGGCGAUACGGGCUAUGCGCGAGGAGAUGGCAAUGGAGGAUGUCCCAAUUGUGUCUGGGUGUGUUUCUCAUGUUGGAGUGUUUUGUCCCACUAGACAAACUUGGGAUUUGCAAGCCUGGGUUAGCCCAGCUCCGGACCAUGGGAUCCUUUCCUAUCAGAUAGGAAGGGCUGUAGCACAACAUGUUAAGUUAGUGAUUAAGAAUGGGCAAAGUACUAGGUUGAAUGAGAUGAACUGGGUGCCAGGUUUGAAUGGCAAGAAACCUGAACUGAGAACUGAGGUGGAUGGAAGCUUAUUUUGGGUUAAAGACCUAAUUCUGGCAGGUGGGGUGAAUUGGGAUACUACACUAGUGAGAGCACUGUUCACUGAAACUGAUGCUGACAGGAUUUUGCAGAUCAAAACUUUGAACCCUAGAGUCUGGACUAUGGGACUGAUUGGAUAUGGAAAAAAGUUGGUUUUAACUGGGUCUAGGCGUCGAGCGGCUGAGGAAAAAGACGUGCGUCGGGUGCUACUAGUGCUCGACUGCGUGCGUGUUUGGGAGCAGGGAUUACAACGUCGUUUCGCCUGGCAUUUGCGAGCUAUCCUACGCGUCGGGCGCGGACGGCUAGCGUGCACUGCAAAGGCUUUGGCGUGUAUGGCAUAG